GCAUCAUUAAUGGGCAUCAAAGUUAUGUUUUCUCAGCUUUCAAAUUUAUUGACAGAUGAUGGUAGCAAUUUUCACCUGAACCCCAGACUCUUACAUGGAUUUUCUGGUUCAAUAUACCUUGGUUUCUUGCUACUUCUAUUCGUUAGCAGAAAAUUUAGAAACAGUAGCAAUGGAGGUCCUAAACAAAUUCUUAGAUCCAACAAUGGGGGAUUGUUUUACAAACAAACCCUCUUUUGUUGUGUGACUCUUGUGCUUCUUAACCUCUUUAUGUGUUUCUUGAACCUUUUUUAUUGGUUUAGAAAUGGUCGAAUCGAGGAACACAUUAUUAUCUCCCGCGAUACCCUUCUUGGGACACUUGUUUGGUUAUUUGUUUCUGUUUAUGUUUCUAGCUCCAAAGAAUCUAUGUAUCCCUUUGUAAUAAGGGUUUGGUGGGUUUCUUUUUUCUCAAUAUCUUGUUAUUGCCUUUUCCUAGACUAUGCUUACUACAAAAAUGAUCAAAAUUUGGCAGCUCAAUUCUUGGUUUUUGAUGCUUCAUCUACUUUUCUUGGUCUGUUUCUCUGUUAUGUCGGGUUAUCUGGUAAGAAAGAUGGUCAAACGGUAAACCAUCAAGAAUCCCUCUGGGAUGGCAGUUCGGUUAACCGUAGAGAGUUCAAAACUGUGGGUGUGGCUAUAACCCCUUCAAAAACCGGCGGAGUCUUUAGUCGUUUAACGUUCUCCUGGAUUCAUCCUUUGAUUGCUAUGGGAUAUAAGAAGCCAUUAGACCUUGAUGACGUUCCAGAACUUGACAGUGUCGAUAGUGCAAGAAGAGCCUUUUUGGUUUUAAGAAACAGACUAGAGUGGGAUAACAGAAUCACUACUUUUAUGCUCGUCAAGGCUGUGCUUUGGACAACAUGGAAAGAUAUUAUGAUGACAGCAGUUCUAGCUCUUGUGUACACUUUGGCUUCAUAUGUUGGGCCUUUCCUGAUAGAUUCAUUUGUAGAGUAUCUAAAUGGAAAUCAAGAUCUAUAUGAGGGUUUUCUUCUAGUUUCUGCUCUUAUUGUCGGUAAGAUUGUGGAGUGCUUGGCACAAAGACAUCAAGAUUUUAAGGUGACACAGGCGGGAAUCAAGGCCAGAUCAGCUCUCGUUGCGAUGAUCUACGUUAAAGGUUUGACACUUUCGUCUCAGUCGAAGCAGGGGAAGUCCAACGGCGAGAUUAUCAAUUUCAUGGCUAUUGAUGCUGAAAGAAUCGGAGAAUUUAGCCGCUAUAUGCACAACCCGUGGCUAGCAAUCGUGCAGGUUGGUUUGGCACUAGCGAUUUUGUAUAAAAAUCUUGGGAUUUCUUCACUUGCUGCUUUUGUUGCGACCAUAAUAGUGGUUUUGGCAAAUAUACCAUUAGGGCGUUUUCAGAAGAAGUUUCAAGAAAAGUUGAUGAAAUAUAAAGAUAAAAGGAUGAAAGCAACUUCUGAAAUUUUGAAGAACAUGAGGAUUCUAAAGCUUCAGGGCUGGGAGAUGAAGUUCUUGUCUAGAAUUGUUGAUAUCAGGAGCGAUGAGGCACGUUGGUUGUAUAAAUAUAUUUUUACUGAGGCUAUGACCACUUUCGCUUUCUGGGUUGCACCCACAUUCGUGGCUAUAGCCACUUUUGGGACGUGUAUACUUUCUGGUACGCCACUCGACUCCGGGAAGGUGUUGUCUGCUCUAGCCACAUUCAAGAUUCUCCAAGAAUCCGCGUUUAAUCUUCCUGGGACGAUAUCUAUGAUAGCACAAAGUAAAGUCUCACUAGAUCGUAUCGCGUUAUUUCUUUGUCUUGAUGACUUAGAUCCCGAUCAAGUAGAAAUGGUCCCGAGAGGUACUUCUGACACUGCCAUUGAGAUAGUUGACGGGAAUUUCUCAUGGGCUGUAACUUCUUCAAAUCCAACGUUGAUUGACGUAAAUUUUAGAGUUGUACAUGGUAUGAAAGUUGCCGUUUGUGGCGUUGUUGGCUCUGGAAAGUCGAGCUUACUAUCUUGUAUUCUAGGAGAAGUUCCUAAAUUAUCGGGUCGAGUCAAACUCAGUGGGACAAGGGCUUACGUUGGUCAAUCACCAUGGAUACAGAGCGGAAAGAUAGAAGAGAAUAUAUUGUUUGGGAAGGAGAUGGAUAGAAAAAGGUACGAUAAGGUUCUUGAGGCAUGCUCUUUGAAGAAAGAUCUCGAAAUUCUAUCAUUUGGUGAUCAAACGGUUAUCGGCGAGAGGGGAGUCAAUUUGAGUGGUGGUCAGAAACAGAGAAUACAGAUUGCACGGGCUCUUUAUCAAGAUGCGGAUAUAUAUCUAUUUGAUGAUCCGUUCAGCGCUGUUGAUGCUCACACGGGAAGUCAUCUUUUCAAAGAAUGUAUUCUGGACUUCUUGGAAUCGAAGACAGUGAUCUACGUAACGCAUCAGGUGGAGUUCUUAGCUGAUGCAGAUAUCAUCCUGGUCUUGAAGGAUGGACGAAUUACACAAGCUGGAAAAUAUGACGACAUUCUCAACUCAGGAAGCGACUUUACACAACUUGUUGGUGCACACAAAGAAGCUUUAUCGAAAAUAGAUUCAGCUGCGAAGAAUUCAGAGUCUGAUAUAUCGUUUGUAGUUGAGAACCAGAGAACUUUCCAAAAAAAUAUCCAAGAAGAGGUUAUAAACGGUCAAAACAGUAAACCAGAGGGGAAGAAAAGGCAGCUUGUGGAACAAGAAGAAAGACAAAAAGGUAAAGUUGGCUCGUUGGCUUACUGGAAAUACAUUACAACUGCUUACGGAGGUGCACUCGCACUUUUGGUAUUAUUAGCACAAAUUCUAUUUGAGCUACUUCAAAUCUCGGGCAAUUACUGGAUGGCGUUGGCAUCUCCCGCGUCAGAAAGUAGCGCAACUCGUGUUGGAGGGUCUAAACUCAUUAUCGUUUAUGUGGGUUUUGGAAUCGGAUGUUCUUUA